AUGGCCACGGUACAUGCGAACGCUCCGUUUGGCACGGCAGCCAUCUUCGCCGGUGGUCUGGCUGUAGGCAUCGGAGGUGCUCUUGCCCUCUCUCGAGCAUCCUUCGCUCCCAGCCGCAAAGUCACUCGUAGCACGCGCGACAAAGCCGCAAAAGUGCUCGGUGGUGGCAGCGCACGUAGUGCUGAUGAGACUACCAAGUUGGAUGACGUAGACCCUACCAGGUUUGGAGCCGACGCUGCAAAGCCCGCGCUGAGUAAAAAGGAAGAAGCUGCUCAGCCCGCCAAACUUGUAGCCCAGGAGCUUGGCGUCGUCCCCAAUAGUCAACUCGCGCAAGAUGCUGCACGUAUCCUCGACACACGUAUGAACCUCAGCGGUCCCGUCAUCAACUCGAGCGAAGAAGUGGCCUCCAAGCCCGACGCUCCAGUAUGGCUCACUGGUUUGCCACAGGCCGAGCUCAAGGCUACAAGUGCAGGCUUGAUCGAACAGCUGGCAUACCGCUCAUCCAACUCGCUCUUUGUGUACGAGUCAGCCACCAACGCCGGGUUUGGAGCGUGGGCUGAGCGCGAGGCGAAAGAAGCGGCAGCCAAAGGCUGGGUGGCGGGCAGGCCCCGUGUCUUUAGCCUGCAGACCCGUGGGGGUGCCGGAAAUGCCAUCGCUGGCUACGUGGCGGAGAAGGGAACGACGAGCGGCGCACCAGCAGGAUUAAAAAAGGUGGUCAGCGCCCUGACCAAUGCUCAAGGCUUGGUGGCGAUGGCUCCCACACUCGCAGCGCUGCCACCAUCGGAUUCCAGGCUCGUCAUUCACGCCAGUGCAGCUUCCCAGGCCGUCGAUCACGACGAUAACCUGCGGGUGGCUAAUGACUACGCCAGCGUUCUCGGCGCCACGGCUGCUCUUACGGGAGCCAGCCCCGUGGGCGCCCCGGACUUUGCAGUCAUUCUCUCUGCUGGCCGUCAAGAAGCCGUCGACGUCGCUGCUUCCAUCUACGAAGCUGGCACGCAAGAGCACGCUGUCCACGUCUUCGAUGGCGCCUACUCGGCUCGCGAAGUAGCAGCACUGUCCGAGCCCACCCUUGGAAGCGGAGUAGCAACUUCUAUCAGCGCAGCUCUUGGUCGUCGUGGUCUCUCUCACUUUGAUUACUACGGCGCUGCAGAUGCUACAUCGGUGAUUGUGGUGCCCAAUGGCUCUCACGCUAGCGCCGCUCGUGCUCUGCUCUCCCAGAGCGGCGUAGCAGACAAGGUUGGCAUCCUUGCUGUUCGUGUGCUGCGCCCUUGGAGCGACGACGACCUUCUGACUGCCUUGCCAGCUUCUGCCAAGCGCGUCUUUGUCGUCGACGAGUUGCGUUCAGGCGUAUCUGGCGUUCUGUUCGACGAUGUGCAGGCCGCUCUGCUCAAUGACUUUACCAGCGGCAUCGUUCGCGCUGUUCAGCCUCUUGCUUUCUCCGCCGGACAGACCAUUUCGGCAGGCCAAUGGGUCUCGCUCCUCCGGGCGGCUGCAGCUGGCCCAAUCAGCAGCCUCGCCACCGUCUUCGCUGAAAGCGUGGCAACACCAGCGGGUCUACUUGGUGCUCAGCGCGUCGUCAGCUUCUUGGACGGCGACGCUUCUCCAACAUCCUACACCGGUCGACUGCUCGCACGUGCGCUGCGCUCUCGCACGACUGGCGAAGGUAGUCGCAUCAUCUCUCGCUUCGAUAACUUUAGCGUUGGAGGCGUAGUACGCUCGGAUGUUGUCAUCGGUAAUCCUGGAGAUGACAUCUUUCCCGCUCAUCUGGCUACAGAAGGAGGAAUUCACGCUCUUGUAGUCGGCGACAUUAGCUGUCUCAAGGGUGUCAAUGCGUUCGGUGACCUGGCCUCCGGCGCGACGGUCAUUCUGAAUGCGCCAGGCUGGGAGGUGGAGGAGGUGUCCACGAAGCUGUCUCCCGUCGACUUGCAAGCCCUCGCAUCGGCGCGUGCGCGAGUCUUCCUCGUCGACGCCACUGCCACAGCAGACAAGCUGGCUGGCGGCGCCAAGUCUCCAGCAUUGACCAAAGAGGUGGCAGCGGCUGUGCUCCUCGCUGUGUACCUCAAUGCCCACAGCGGACUCGGUCUUGAUGACUCUGUCGUCCUGCUGCAGCGUAUUCUGGGCGUUGCGCCUCUCGGACCUGGUGGACUGCCUGCCCUUGUCGAAGCAGCUCAUGCAGCAGUGCAACCUGUCCAAUACGAGGAACCUGCUUGGGCUAGCACUUCAGCCGUCGCCAAUGCCAGUGCGGCUGCAUCGGUCCGCGCGUCUGCUGGACGAUACAACUCCUUUACGGCCAAUUUGGACGCUGCAGCUCUUGCUGCCGCUGACGGCACCAUUCCAACCUCGAGAGCCACUUGGGCCCUACCGGCUUGGCAAAACCUCUUUUCGGAGGCUUACGGUUUGGACGCCAAGUCUUUGCGACCUGACCUGCACGAGCAGACAUGGGUCGUCAAGGUGACAGAGAAUCGUCGACUGACACCGGUCGACUACGACCGCAAUGUCUUCCACAUGGAGCUCAGCACGGCAGGUACCGACCUCAAGUACGAAGUGGGAGAGGCCCUUGGCGUGCACGGCUGGAACGAUGAGCAAGAAGUAAAGGAAUUCUUGGAGUGGUACGGAGCAAAGGGAGACGAGGUGAUCAGCAUUCCCAGCUUGAACGAUUCCGCUCGUUUCGAGACCCGCACCGUCUUCCAGCUGCUGCAGCAACGCCUGGACAUCUUCGGCAAACCAGGCAAACGCUUCUACGAAUUCCUCGGUCAGGUCGCGAAGGACAGAGAUGAUGCUCGCUGGCUCAAAUUCAUUGCCGCAGCAGAGGGUAAUGCGACAUUCAAGAAGUUGUCCGAAGUCGAGACUGUCACUUAUGCGGACGUUCUUCGCAUGUUCCCCUCUGCUCGUCCUUCCCUGGAGCAGCUCCUGACCGAGGUCUCGCCCAUCGAGCCUCGUCACUACUCCAUUGCUUCGGCUCAAUCAGCCGUGGGCGAGAGUGUUCAUUUGCUCGUCGUCACGGUGGACUGGCUCACUCCGAGCGGAUCGCCCAGGUUUGGACAAUGCACGCGGUACUUGACCAACCUCAAAGUGGGAGAUCAAGUGACCGUCUCUCUCAAGCCGUCCAUCAUGAAGCUGCCACCUCUGACCACUCAGCCCAUCAUCAUGGCUGGUUUGGGAACUGGUGCCGCUCCCUUUAGAGCAUACAUUCAGGCUAGAGAUGUGCAGCGUAGGCAGGGCUUGCCUAUCGGCCCUCUCAUCUACUGCUUUGGUUCUCGUUACGAGGCUAGCGAGUUCUUGUACGGCGAAGAGCUCAAGGCGUAUGAGCGGGAUGGUCUGAUCACUCUGCUCACUGCCUUCUCUCGAGACCAAAAGCACAAGAUGUGAGUGUCGCCUGACGUAUUUCCCACGAGCUUUGAAUGUGACGCGUAUUCACGCGAUUGCACCCCACUUUUUUCUUUUGCCUUGCUCCCUCAGCUACAUUCAAGACCGUAUCAGGGAGCACAGCGCGACCAUUGCCAAGCUGCUGACUGCGUCCAACGAGGCAGACAAAGGUUAUGCCUGCUUGUGUGGACCCACGUGGCCAGUACCAGACGUGACGCAAGCUUUGAUCGAUGGCUUCACGGACCAAGGCAUGCCCGCUGAUGAAGCGACUGCCAAGAUUGAGAGCUUGAAAGAGGAGGAGAGGUACGUGCUGGAAGUCUACUAG